AUGGAUGGAAAGGUCAAUGCAUUGCUAACAUGGCUAAAGAAAUCAGAUAAAUUUUAUAUUGCACCAAACAUAAGCGUCUCUGAAUCACCAGAGUCGGGUAGAGGGAUCGUCCUCAGUCACGGUUCGAUAAAAAAAAAUGAUAUCAUUGUAUCAGUACCGAGCUCAAAGCAACUAAACUUUCAUACCAUCCUCUAUCAUAUCUCAAAAUUCAACAAAGGGCUUGAUAUUCCUGGUAUCACAAUCGAUAGAAAGCUGAUGGAUAAUGAGGAGAAUAUCAUGGAAGCGGAAAAUAAAGGGCCGACCGAUCCAAGAUAUGGGUUAUAUUCUCAAUUAUCGAAAGAGUUUUUGUUAAGUUUAUCCUCAUUUCAAUUAAUAUCAUUUUACGUAUUGGUCGAAAAUUUUCUAUUACCAAAAUGGACUCACAAUGAAAUCCACUCAGAUUGGAAGCCAUUCUUUGAUAUAUGGCCCUCCAUGGAAGAGCUGCGAUCCAUACCAGCCAUUUGGUGCUGUGAGCCCAAUUCACGGUACCGUUCACUAAUCGAAUAUCUACCUACCACCUCACGAAACCUUAUGGCGAGAAUUAGUGACCUUGUCAGAGAAGAUUGGAAAACCAUUUCAGAGGUAGUUUUGAAAUGGAAUAAGACUUGCGGCUCUUUAAGUUGUACAAAAAAUUCUGAUAAAUUUACUAGUGAUGAAUUAUUCUCCCUUUUUCUACACGUUUAUUUUGUUAUAAACUCAAGAUGUCUCUAUGCUGAGAUUCCGUUGAAAAUAGAGGACCCCUCGAGCAAUUUCACUUUGGUACCUUACGUUGAUUUCAUGAACCACAUUUGCGAGGUAGACUUGCACUGCUAUCCUCAGUUAAGUGUUCAGUUGAGGUCAGAAGGAGAAAAGAUUAUAGGAAUUGGGCAAUUUAGCAUUAGAUGCGGUGAAUACUUUUAUAAAAACAUUAACGAGGAGCUCUUUUUAAAUUAUGGCGCACACUCAAAUGAUUUUUUAUUGAACGAGUAUGGAUUUGUGGUAAGCGGAAACAAAUGGAACUACUUAGACAUAUCUAACGAAAUUAUUGAACUAAUAGACGACGAUAAAAAGGAGGUAAAAACAUUUUUAUUAGAACACGAUUAUUGGGGAGAUUACACUGUAAACGAGAAUGAUAUCAGUUACAGGAUAUUAGUAGCGUUGAACUAUUAUGUCACAAGAGAUGAAAGGAAGGUCCGAAAAUUCAUUGAGGGCUACAUAUCAGAAGAUUACUUCGAGCCAAAAAUCUCUCCAAUUUUAAAAAAGUUAUUAGUCUCUUUAACCGUAAAAUACAGGGAGACACUCAGCCAGUUAACAGAAGAAGCAUGUAACGCUAAGGAUAACUUCUGCUUGCACAACAUAAUUACCGUAUACGAGGGGUAUAUAAAAAUACUUACACGACACUUACAAGACCUGCAAUCAUAG